AUGAAAGGCCAAUGGAACAAUAUGAAACAUUCGAUACAUGAUGACGAGAGACGGAUGAAACUUGAAAAGAGAAUUCAGACCUCCAAGAAGGGCUUUUGUGAGAUUGUUUUGGAUUGGAGAGAGAAUGACUUUAUGAAGAAGAACCAAUAUGAUUCUUCAAAAUUAUUGGCUUCUCUGUUUAAUGAUAUCACUAGUAGUGACCUUAAAUGCUCGAUAGGGGACUCGAGCGAAAGUGCUUGCAUUAUUCAUGUGCAUAAACAUGUAAUUUCUGCAUUGAGUCCAGUACUUCGAGUUCUCUAUGAAAAUGAUGCAUUUUCAGACACUUCUUCCUCGAAAGACACUCCCUUCGAUAUUUAUGGAUUUGUUAGAGACUCGAAAGACAGCGAAGAGCAACAAGAAUUGAAAAGAAAGGCUUUAUUGAUAGUAUUGAAGUCAUGCUAUUCAAACGUUGAGGACUUGACCUCUUCUCACAUGAAUGUUGAUUUGUUAUUUCAGAUAAUCCUCAUUUCUCUUCAAUUUCAAAUGGAAUGGCUCACUCUAUUUUGUUGUCAGAUUUUGCUCCAACAUGUCACUCCUAGCAAUUACAAAUCCAUUCUUAUUUUUGCUUCACAAUUUGAUGAUGUUGAAUCAUGUCAAUACUUAAUUGAAUAUUUGAUCACGUAUGGACUCAAAUAUAUUGCUCCCUCUGAAUUGGCAUGUCAUUGCAAAGACCUCCCUCUUCUCUUGAGCUCUCGGCUUACUUCUCUCCAAGAGUCAAUAUUCGGAAAGGGAAUGGUGAAUUGGAACCUCAAUACUGACAGCCCUCCUCCUCCAUUACCCAAAGAACAGGAUCUUUAUCUUCGAGCAGUUCUAUUCCAAGUUGCUUCUGAAAAAAGCUCUUUCCGAAGAUGA